AGAUUAGUACGAAAACUACACCAGCUCCUAAAAUGCACCACUUUUUUUAUUUGGUUCACAAAUUGCUCAACGUUGACAAAUGUCAUUAAAAUUAUUCAGUCGUUUUAUGUUUACCAACCAACAUUUUUGCGUAUUUUUAUAAAUAAAUAUAUAGCCACAUUGCGAGUGUCGAGUCGAGUGCAAGUCGUAUAAAUAUGAAAUAUUCCAAGUUGAAUUCCUAUUUGAAGUGCUACCGUAGAAAGAAAAACUUUUUGAAGAGAUUAAAUAACUGUGUCAAACCAAUCGACAACAACUUGCAAAAUGACCGACAACUAUUUGGAAAGUGCGGAAGCAUCAACUUUUAUAUUCGAGACGGAAACAAUAAAAAUUCUUCAUUAUCCGGAGAGUAUAUUAUUUCAAAAGAACCAAUUAUAUCAGAGACAAAUGAUUCAAUUUCGCACGAUGGUUUGGAUGAUAAUGACGAGGUGGUGGAAAAUAUAUAUCGGGAAGUAGAGCCGUCUUCAGUAGACUGUGUCAUUGAUGAUGUGAACAUCCAUAUUGACUUCAUGUCUAAAUUGGCGGAUUGGGCUAUAAAAUACAAAAUAGCCCACUCUGCUGUAUCUGAGCUACUUGUUUUAUUGCGGAGCGAAGGAAAAACUGAACUGCCGAAAGAUGCGCGUACGUUGCUCCAUACACCGCGUAAUGUGGUAAUACAAACAAUGGGAUCCGGUUCAUUCUGGUACUAUGGCAUUGAAAACUGCUUGCGAAAUGCAUUUCGUGACAUAAAUCAAACAAUUCAAGUACUUCUCAAUUUCAAUGUUGAUGGUUUACCCCUGUUCCGAAGUAGCAAGUUUCAGUUUUGGCCAGUUUUAAUUGACAUAGCCAAUAUGCAUGAAAUUAGACCAAUGGUUGUAGCAAUUUAUUUCGGCGAUUCGAAACCACCAUCCAGCGAAGAGUUUUUAAGAUCAUAUGUUGACGAGAUUAAUAGUCUAAUUUUAAAUGGAAUUGAGUUUCCAAACGGCUCAAAAAUAUUGAUCAAGAUUAAUGCGUAUAUUGCAGACACCCCGGCUCGAGCAUUUAUUAAAUGCGUUAAGACACACACCGCAUAUAACAGUUGUACAAAAUGUAACGUUGUUGGAGAAUUCGAUCGAUCGGGAAACCACAUGAGCUUUCCAAGGUUAGAUUGUCGACGAAGAACUCAUUUAGAUUUUAUAAACAAAGUUGAUGAAGAUCAUCAUCUAUGGAAUUCAAGAAUGCGACAGUUUUAUCACACCCCUUUGGAGGAAAUUGAAGGCAUUGACAUGAUAAAAAAUUUCCCUAUUGCUGAUUCGAUGCACGUAAUUGAAUUAGGUAUUACAAAGCGAUGUUUAAAUGGAUGGGUGAAUGGUUCAUAUAAUUUCCGUACUAAAAUGCCUGCUUAUGAAACGAGUACCAUUUCAACAUGGCUCAAAUUCAGCAAUGAGUGGCUGCCAUCUGAAAUCACAAGACAGGCGCGUGGCCUCGAUACAUUGUCGUUCUGGAAAUCAAUAGAAUAUCGAACAUUUUUGUUAUACCUUGGCCCAGUGAUAAUGAAAAGUUUUUUGCCAACUGAGUUUUAUAAACACUUUUGGAAUUUAGUUUUAGCAACGACGAUAUAUUCAUGCGAACGAUAUGUACAAAGUCCCGGAGUUCUUGACGUCGCUAGGAAUUUGAUGAAUGAAUAUGUGGAAGAAUUUAUAUCUCUGUAUGGAAACGACUCUAUCAGCUCCAAUGUCCACAAUUUAAUACAUGUUCAUGAUGACGUUCUGAAAUUUGGAUCUGUGCGAAAUAUUUCUGCAUAUCCAUUUGAGAGUACGCUGUAUUGGUGUGAGUCAACGACAUUGUACUGA